UACCGCCGCUCUGUCCUCCGAUUCACUCCUGAUAGCUGAAGUUCUUUCCACUCCUGCGGUCUGUGGGUCGCUUGAAGGGCUUCGGAGCAGGACUAAAACAAACACCAGGCUCUUCACAAUGGCAGCAAUUCUCCUCCGCUCUCUUUUAAACAAGAAGGCCCCCUUACAGCUGGGUCGCAUGUGCUACUCUUCCUCCUCAGUGCCCACCACCAAGCUGUUCAUAGAUGGCAAGUUCGUCGAGUCCAACACGUCUGAAUGGCUCGACGUUCACAACCCGGCCACUAAUGAAGUUGUAGGACGAGUUCCCAAAGCGACCCAGGAGGAGAUGCUGGCGGCUGCAGACUCCUGCUCCAGAGCCUUCCACUCCUGGUCCGAAACCUCCAUCCUCAGCAGGCAGCAGAUCUUCCUGCGCUACCAGCAGCUCAUCAAGGACAACAUUAAAGAGCUGGCUAAAAUCAUCACCUUGGAGCAGGGCAAGACUCUCGCUGAUGCAGAGGGGGAUGUAUUCAGAGGACUGCAGGUGGUAGAGCACGCCUGCAGCAUCACCUCCCUCAUGCUGGGUGAAACUUUACCCUCCAUCACAAAGGACAUGGACACCUACACGUACCGCCUGCCCAUCGGAGUGUGCGCCGGCAUCGCCCCCUUCAACUUCCCCGCCAUGAUCCCCCUGUGGAUGUUCCCCAUCGGGAUGGUGUGCGGCAACACCUACCUGAUGAAGCCGUCGGAGCGGGUCCCAGGCUGCACCAUGCUCCUGGCCAAGCUGCUGCAGGACGCCGGGGCACCAGAUGGCACGCUCAACAUCAUCCACGGGCAGCAUGCAGCUGUGAACUUCAUCUGUGACCAUCCAUCCAUUAAAGCCAUCAGCUUCGUGGGCUCCAACCAGGCCGGAGAGUACAUCUACGAGAGGGGUUCCAAGAACGGCAAGAGAGUCCAGUCCAACAUGGGUGCCAAGAACCAUGGUGUGGUGAUGCCUGAUGCCAACAAAGAGAACACCAUCAACCAGCUGGUGGGCGCUGCUUUUGGAGCAGCUGGUCAGCGCUGCAUGGCUCUGUCCACGGCUAUUUUUGUUGGGGAGUCUCGUGAAUGGCUGCCAGAGCUGGUGGAGCGCUCCAAAUCUCUGCGCGUCAACGCAGGCGAUCAGCCCGGGGCAGAUGUGGGACCCCUGAUCUCUCCUGAAGCAAAGGCCAGAGUGGAGUUUCUGAUCCAGAGUGGGGUGGACGAAGGCGCCAAGCUGCUGCUGGAUGGAAGGAAUGUCAACGUUAAAGGAUACGAGAAUGGAAACUUUGUGGGACCAACCAUCUUGGGUAACGUUAAGCCGGACAUGAAAUGUUACAGAGAGGAGAUCUUUGGACCGGUUCUUGUCGUCCUGGAGGCCGACAGCCUCGACGAUGCUAUUUCUUUAAUCAACAGCAACCCUUACGGCAACGGCACGGCCAUCUUUACCACCAACGGCGCUACAGCGCGUAAAUACACACAUGAAGUGGACGUUGGCCAGAUCGGUGUGAACGUCCCCAUCCCCGUCCCCCUCCCCAUGUUCUCCUUCACCGGCUCCAGAGGUUCAUUCAGAGGAGACACCAACUUCUAUGGCAAACAGGGCAUCCAGUUCUACACUCAGAUCAAGACUGUGACUUCACAGUGGAAGGCUGAGGACGCUACUCUGACAAGCCCAGCCGUUACCAUGCCAACCAUGGGACGCUAAGCUGAACCGACCCGUCAUCCGUCAUGCAACCUUCAGUGACUUCUUUACAUGCCUUACUGAGAAGAAGCCCAAGGAGGGAUUGGAACAAAGGUUACUGCUGAGGUAUAUUCAUACUGGGGGAUUAUUAGCUGAACAUCCUGGACUCUGUUGCUGCACAAAUCACACUUUACACCUGCUUUAGAGCCAGGGAAGGAGAUAUAAUGUACGGGGCUCAUUUCCUGUGCUGACCGGGGGGGAUCAUGAGUUAAUCGUGGUCAAAUAUUUUUCACAAUCCGUUGAGUGCUGUGGCGUCACAUUUCUUAAAAACCUUGAGGAGGAAAAAAAAAAUCGCAGGGAUCAGGGAUUCUGCUGCUCAGCAAAUGUCUUCCACCAGUGUCCCCUGUGGUUCAUUACUCUGCUGUGUGUAAGAUAAUGGGGCAGAUACUUGAAUGUUAGAUGUGAAUGGAAGAAACAUCCGAACAUGAACACAGCCACUUUAUCACUCCAUUAAAACUGAAAUAAUAGUUGCAGCUGUUGUCCUCUAGAUGUGUCUCUACCGGUGUUGGGGUUAGUGUGUCUCCUGUGUGUCAGAUUAAGGAUUUUUUACUGCCCUGUCAAAGUAGCACUUGUGGUCACGAAUGGUAUAAAGGGUUACAUUGGAGUGUUUUACAUGUUAGGAACUUGAAUUGUAUUCUGUAUUAACAUUAUGCUAAAAUUUCCGAAGUGAAACUGUUGGUAGUUGUGCUGCAGUAACAGUUUGUACUAGAUUUAUUUUCAUCAAAGCGACUUUAAAGCUCGUCCCCUUCACUUCCCUCUGACCCCUUGGGCCCACAGAUGAAGAGAAACAGCGGGGAUGUUUGAGACUGUUCAAAUAAAGACACUGUAAUUUCA